ACCACACUACACAGUGUACCCUACCCUACCCCUGUGUAGUAAUUCGAACAGUUAACAAGACUACUUCAGUAGUUGACCGACUUAUCCGGUGGACGGAAAUAAAGCCAGUCUUUGCCUACUCCUGGAGAAAAGUCUCGUCUUGAGAAACGCCAUGAAAUUCAUCAGCAUAGUCUUCUUCAUUGUAGCUGCCUUGGCUAGCGUUUACGCGCAAGACUACAGUCAACUGUUCGCUGGAUUUGGGCCUUACCUGCAGCAAAGUAACUCCGGCAUGAGGGACCCCCGAUCGAAUACCGGACCGGUCCUCUUCCCUGCUGGACCACCACCGAACGAUGCUGAUACCAGUGGCGUGAUCGUCGGUGCCAGUGGCUUUGGCUUCGUUCCUCCCAACUCAGGAAUUUACACCUUUUAUUACUAGAGCAACGUCACGUCAUAUGUGAAGACGCAUACGUCAUCCAUGCAUAAAAUCUAAUAAGAACUCAUACGUUUACUCAAGGCUGGUCGGACGUCCCAUAGAGAGCCCAGCUCUCGUACGUCAUCACGGAGAGUCAUUAACGUCACGUGGUCAGAGUGAGAAAGUUCUAAGGCCAAGUCAUCGAAUGGUCAAUAGAAUUAUUGUGGGAGUCAUUGAAAAGAAUCGUAAUGAAAUGAAACGCAUAGGAGAGUCUGUAGAUAAGAAUACGAAUUUCACGAGUAUACCGUAAAGGUGGAUACGCAUUUAUAUUGCUGUAAUUCGCUUAAUCGUUAAAGAGACGUCUCGAUACGGAUCAUCAUUGCUAAGGUAGAAUCGAGGGGUUUUGAAAAGAUCAUCGAAGUGGCCGUUUCCUUAGUUACUCGAGAAAUUAACACAGUCGGAGUCUUAAGCCCUAAGACGUUUCGUACAUAUGUGAGUCUCGUCACUGAGCUCGCGUAUGUUAUAUAUGUAUAUAGUGUAUGCACACGUGGCUUUAUAGUGCUAAAGCCGAGAUAAUAAUGCCAUUUUAGUUAAUUACGAUUUUCUAAUCCAUCUCUAGUGUUCUCGAGUACUUAAGGACUUACUGCGACUUAUGACUAUAUUAUGGAUUCCUGGACUAUUUCGUACGAGUAAACACUGUAACUUCUCCCAGGGGGUCUUUUGGUAGUGGAACAAUUUUUUAAAAUUUAUCUUUAAACGAAAUUCAGUUCAAUGAAUCGCGAGACGCUUUGAUAAUAACGAGGGAUUGUGUGCUGGUAACAUUUUUUAAUUUCUUACCGACUCCAUUCAAAUUAUUGAUCUGCGAGUGAUACGCCAACCGCGGCUUAAGGGCAAGUAUUUAUUUUUGAUAUACGUGUAACUGAAAUCAAGGCAAGUUUUAAUGUUAACCACACAUGUGUUCAUAGCUAACUGUAUCACGUAUGAAAAUUGUCUGGUAACAUGUGUAUACUCUGAGCUUUAUUUACUCAAAAUUUUAAAAUUGAAACUAUUCCAGCGAUUACAAGUUGGUCUUACACGUAUUAACUUGUGUUAAGGUAGAUAAACGACCAUCUUCGUAUGUGGACACGUACGUGUUAAACGUACGUGCGAAAGUUUUUUCGUGGUCUUUAGUAAAUUCAUUGCUUUCGGGAUAUUCAGAAUCUCUUUUAACGAGACUCUCACCUCAUCUCCGCGAAGUAUAUGGAGAAACGGACGAUUAGUUUAAUAGACCAUAAUCAUUAUUUAAUGAUAGCCUACUUGCUUUUUGUCAAUUCGUUUCUCGUGUGCCUAGUGGCUUUAUUGAGAAAUUUACAAAAUUCUCAUACCAGUCGCAAAACACGAGGAAACACGGGUACAUGUGUUUGAGUAAGAAAAUACUUUGUGGUUCAACCACGAAAAAAUGUAAUAUUGAUUGACAGAUGUGAAAUAACUAAAAAUGCUAGAAGAAAUCAAUUACCGAUCGAUAGAGUAAAUAUCGAUUUAUUGGAAAUUUUCUGCAAUUUUUUUGUGGUUGAAGUGCAAUUUUUGUAAAUAUUUACUUCGAUACGUCACUUGAAUUUUGUACGUGGAAUUGAUAUAUGGUAUCUGGAGGGAGACGAAUUGACAAAAUCCGAAUUAUUUAUUUGUAUAGUGACUAAUAAUAGAAAUUUGAUCUGAUUCUGGAAAGAAGUCUCAAUGAUCUCGCGCCUGCGUUUCUGAUUAAAUUCGAAAGCGCAAUGAUUGCAAUGAACGCGUGACUCCAUUUUAUGGAUAACGGUAGGGAAAGAGAAUAAAACGAAAUAGAGAAAGAAACCAUAACAGUAGAUAUUAGAUAUACAAUGUAUGCUAGGUUAUUAAUAUGUACAGAUUAUACGAUAAUUAAUUAUUAAAAUACCUUUUAUGCAAUUUAUAUAAUAGUAUUGGAUAUUGUGUACAGUUACACAAUUAAUACAAAUAAAUAUUAUACUUCCUCAUGCA